CCGGGGGCGGGGGCUGUGGGGAGGUGCGGCCCGGACGGUGGACGCGCGUCUGUGCGGCCUGCUCUGGGCCAUGUCCGUGUGAGGACGCCGCUGCCGUCACCCCCUCCUCUCGGGCCGGCCAGCCGAAACGCGCACCAUGGGCUCCAUCCUGAGUCGCCGCAUCGCGGGCGUGGAGGACAUCGACAUUCAGGCCAACUCGGCCUACCGCUAUCCCCCGAAGUCGGCAGGAAACUACUUUGCUUCGCACUUUUUCAUGGGAGGCGAGAAAUUUGACACCCCCCAUCCUGAAGGUUACCUCUUUGGGGAGAACAUGGAUCUGAACUUCCUGGGCAGUCGUCCAGUCCAGUUUCCCUAUGUCACCCCUGCCCCCCAUGAGCCAGUAAAGACCCUGAGGAGCCUGGUGAACAUCCGCAAAGACUCGCUCCGGCUUGUGAGGUACAAAGAUGAUGCAGACAGCCCUACAGAGGACGGUGAGAAGCCCCGUGUGCUCUACAGUUUGGAAUUCACCUUUGAUGCCGAUGCCCGUGUGGCUAUCACCAUUUAUUGUCAGGCAGCAGAGGAGCUCUUGAACGGCAUGGCAGUGUACAGCUGUAAGAAUCCUUCUCUGCAGUCUGAGACCGUCCACUACAAGAGGGGCGUUAGCCAGCAGUUCUCCCUGCCUUCUUUCAAGAUUGACUUCUCCGAGUGGAAGGAUGAUGAGCUGAACUUUGACCUGGAUCGGGGUGUGUUUCCAGUAGUCAUACAGGCGGUUGUGGACGAAGGAGAUGUUGUGGAAGUGACAGGCCAUGCUCAUGUGCUCUUGGCUGCCUUUGAGAAGCAUGUGGAUGGCAGUUUCUCUGUGAAGCCAUUAAAGCAGAAGCAAAUUGUGGAUCGUGUCAGCUACCUGUUGCAGGAGAUCUAUGGCAUCGAGAAUAAGAACAACCAAGAGACCAAGCCUUCUGAUGACGAGAACAGUGACAACAGCAGCGAAUGUGUGGUGUGCCUGUCAGACCUGAGGGACACGCUGAUCCUGCCCUGCCGCCAUCUGUGCCUCUGCACUUCCUGUGCUGACACGUUGCGGUACCAGGCCAACAACUGCCCCAUCUGCCGGCUGCCAUUCCGAGCUCUCCUGCAGAUCCGGGCUGUUCGGAAGAAGCCAGGGGCCCUGUCUCCCAUCUCUUUCAGUCCUGUCUUGGCCCAGAGUGUGGACCAUGAGGAGCACUCUUGUCCCUUUAAAAAAUCAAAGUCGCACCCUGCCUCCCUGGCCAGCAAGAAACCUAAAAGGGAAACAAGUUCUGACAGUGUCCCGCCUGGCUAUGAGCCCAUCUCCUUGCUUGAGGCACUCAAUGGUCUACGGGCUGUCUCCCCGGCUAUCCCAUCAGCCCCCCUCUAUGAGGAAAUCACCUACUCAGGCAUCUCGGAUGGUCUGUCCCAGGCCAGCUGUCCUCUCGCUGGACUCGAUCGAAUCAUAGAAAGUGGCCUACAGAAGGGCAAGCCACAGAGCAAGUCUCCAGACAGCACCCUACGGUCUCCAUCAUCCCCCAUCCAUGAGGAGGAUGAAGAGAAGCUAUUGGAGGACUCGGACACUCCUCUCCCACCAAGUGGUGUGGAGCUUGCACUGAGGGAGAGCAGCUCCCCUGAGAGUUUCGGAACAGAGGAGGUGGAUGAGCCGUCACUCAAGCAAGGGAGCCGAGUGCCCUCUAUUGAUGAUGUCCUGCAGGAUGGCAGCCCCCAGCACCAUGGUUGCAGCCAGCCAGUCCCUCCUGCCGACAUUUACCUACCAGCUCUACUGCCUGGUCCUGAAGGGGGAUCAUCUGUCCCAGUACAGAAGACAUGUAACUCACUGCCUAGGACUGAAGGAUCCCUAGCCUUCUAUGAGGUCACAUCUACUAUACCUGCCAAUGGCAUGUACCUGGCUACAAGGAUGGUCCACCUCCAUGGAGACGCCACACAGCCUCGGCACCACCAGCUCCCCCUGGCCUCUGCUGAGUGGCUCUAGUUCUGAGCCUGGAGCUACUGAGCUGACCCCACUCUGAGAGCCUGGUUCAGCUGGCAGCACAGAGCCCUCAGUAUCCCCAAAAUUGCCAGGAGGCUUCCCCGGAGCCCAGUGAGACCCUGGCCUCUCCUGUCUGCACACCUGAUGUGGCCACUGGGCUUUGAGAGGCCAUAGUGAACCUUUAUCAAAUUGCACAGUGGACUACUCUUCCACACACCCUCCUUUUCUAUGGUCUAUAUAUUUGUAAUUGGUACAAGAUGAAGGACGGCAGCUUUCUCCAUGGGCCAUAGGCCCUAGAGGGGCUCCCAACUGCCAAGGUUGAUGCUCUGAGCACUUAGCAAACCAGCAGAAGAGAAUCUACCCAUGGAGUGAAGUGUCAUCCUCACAGAUGUUCUGGAAGGUGGACAACCCAGGUUACAGUUGAUGAAGGAAACAGUGCCUGUCUACCUGUCCUGUGUGUCCUCCAAAGCAGCCAGGCUGUCGCUGCUGUUCCCACCUUUUAUGUCCUGUCCAUGGGUGAGCCUCCCUAGAACCUCCAGGCCCCCUCCUGCUCUGCUCUUCAACCUAUUAGUGACGUCUGGCAGCUGGGGCAGCUGUGGGCAAGACUAGGAAGUCGAUAUGUGAACAGCACAGCCAUUUGCAUUGGUUGGUAUCCAGUACCCUCACUCAGUCCCUCACAUGCCUCCAAGAUGGAGAUGUUCAUGCUCGCAGGACAGCACUGCCCACCCUCUUGCCAGGGAAGAGCCUGAUCAGCUCCCAUAACAGACCCAGUGGUGGGUACAUGUCCCUUUGCGUUUCUCAUUGGUUAAUUGUCUAAGGCUUCUCUCAGAGUCCACCUAUGAGCAGAGUCCCAGUGAUACUUUGUCUUUAAGGCAAAAGGCCCAUGGGUGGCCCCUGGGCAGAGGUGCCUAGGCAGUGAGGCUGCCCUGCCACUUACCUAGGUGACAACCUGUAGCAAUGCAUGGAGCCCCCUUUUAGGCUCAGGGUUGCUUGAGCUCUGGCUCUAGCUCUGCCCCUUUCUGGCAGUGGCUGGCCUGGUCUCUGUAAGCCUGUAGCAGAGCCUUGCCUGCACAUCCAUCUGCCCCCUGCUGAACGCACACAUAUGCACACUUCAGCAUGUGCAUGCCCACCCGCCCCUCACCUGCCAACUCCCUGGCCUCUGGCCAUGGUACUGGUGCCAGUACUUUGAAAGAUGGGAUGCAGACUACACACUCACGUGUCUCAGAUUCACAUGUGCUAUCAUUUGAUGUACUCUGAUUGGCUAGGUUUUGGUUUUUACUGUAUAUUUAUAGUAAUAAAAUCAUGCAGCAAUA